GCGGCUGGCGGGAGAUGCAGCUGCUGCUGAGGCGGAGGGAGAUCGGGCGAGGCUCCCGGGCAAACUGACCCACCCACCCCCCAUCUGGAAGGAAAAUGAAAAGCACUGCCAGGCCGUGGAGCGCCGUGUCAAAACAGGGGAGCCACGGGACAGAGCGAGGGAAGCCUCUGCCCGCUCCAUCUGUCGGCAUGAAGACCUCCAAGUCCUCCACCUCGCUUGCCUUUGAUUCCCGGCUCAGCAAGCUGAAGCGGGCCAGCAGCGAAGACAUGCUGACGAAGCCAGGGGUCAUGGCAGCCUCAGGAGGCUCUCGGUUGAAAAAGACGAUUACAACAGGGGCCAUCUCAGAACUUGCUGGCAACCGGUUGAGGCCCAUUACAGGUUCCAUUCCAUCAUCAAAGCGUACUGGAAUUCCGGCUCCUCGGGAGCUGCCAACAGCCGCUGUGGCCAGAGAAAAAGCCGUUUUGCGGCCUAGGAAGACUCAACCUAGCCCAACUUCCUCCGGAACACCGACACCCACCAAGCACUUGCGCCCUUCUGCCAAAUCCAAGAAUGAGGCUGAAGGUGGAGACAAGGCCGUUCUGGAGUCGCAGGUUAAAGAGCUCCUGGCCGAAGCCAAGACAAAAGAUUCUGAGAUUACCAAACUCCGAAGUGAGCUGAAGAAACGCCAAGAACCACCAAGUUUUGAUGCGGCCAGCCUCUUGGACCAGAAUGCAGAUGCCUUGCCAGCGCUACCAGCCAACGUGGAGCCAUUUGUACGGGCUCUUCAGGAAAAAAACAAGGCUUUCCAGAGAGAUCUCCUGAGCCUGGGGGAAGAGAACCGGCUGUUGAAAGAGAAACUGAAUCAUAUAGAGCAGUCGCCAUUGACAGACACAACAAGCAGCAGCGGCGGUAAUAGCAGUCUUCCGACCCCCACUACGCAAGAGUCCAGCUUUGGAAGUCCAACCAAACUUUCUGUGCAAGGCAAUGUGGGCGACAGCUACCGACGACUGAAUGGGCCUCCCUUACGGAAUUCUGGGUCUUCCAGCAGCGAUGUAACCAAGGCUUCCCUGUCACCCGAUGCUUCCGACUUCGAACAUAUCAUGGACGUACCUUCUAGACCCGUCUCCUCCAGCAGCACCCCCUUCAAGACUUCCAGAUGCUCUACCUCAGGGAGCUCGCCAAACAACGUCAGUGAUCUCUCUGUGGCCUCCCUCACAGAAAGGAUCCAGAGGAUGGAAGAGAACCACCACAGCACGGCCGAAGAACUUCAGGCCACGUUGCAGGAGCUUUCCGACCAGCAGCAGGUGGUUCAAGAACUGACGGCUGAAAACGAGAAGCUGGCCGAAGAGAAGGCCAUGCUGGAGACGUCCUUCUGCCAGCACCAGGAGAGGGCUGAGAAGCUGAGCCAAGAAAAUGAGAAGCUGGUGGCCCUCUUGCAAGAGCGAACCAAGAACGAUGAAAGCAAAGCCCAAGAGGCCAAGGUCCAUGACCUAGAGCAGAAGUGUGCGGAGCUGCUCGAGAAGGCCCAGUUUGAAAGGGAGAAGAUGUUGAACAUUCAGCAGCAGCUGACGAGCAGCCUGCGGAGCUUGGAGAGGGAACACCAGGAGUCCCAGGCCUCUGUCAAAAGCCUGAGAGAGGAAAAUGAGAGGCUGAACGUCCUCUUGGAGGUGGAACGGCAGAGCAGUGGUGCAUUGGCCAAGGUGCUGGAGGACUGCAAGGUCUCUUUGGAAGGCCUGAAGAUCGAGAAUGGCUCUCUGCGGUCUCAGCUGGACAGUGAGAAACAGAAAGCGGCGGCUAUCGACGCCAUGGGCUCGGACGCAAACAACUCGGAAGUCCGUGAGAUGCUGAAAGCGACCCGAGUGGAGAAAGACCAGUUGGAACUGGCCUGCACUGAACUCAAGCAGGACUUGCUGAAGGCAAAUUGCGAAGUGAAGACCUUGCAAGGGCAGCUGUCCAAGGUUGAGAAGGAGCGUGGGCAGCUGAAGGAGGUAUGUGAGCGGCAGGCAGAGCAGCUGAGCCGUGCCGGCCUCCAGCUGCAAGAGAAGACCUCUGAGAACGAAGCCGAGAUUAGAAACCUGAAGGAGACCAUCUUUGAGCUUGAGGACCAAGUGGAGCAGCAUCGGGCACUCAAGCUGCACGACAACCAGACCAUCAAAGAUCUGGAGAGUAAUCUGCUGAAGCUGGAGGACCAGAAGUUGGACUUGGAGAAGCAGUUGAAGACCCUCACCAAGCAGAUCAAGGAGGACACAGAAGAGUGGCACCGUUUCCAAGCGGACUUGCAGACGGCAGUGGUGGUGGCCAACGACAUCAAGUGUGAGGCCCAGCAGGAGCUCCGCACAGUGAAGCGGAGGCUGCUGGAGGAGGAGGAGAAGAGCGCUCGGUUGCAGAAGGAGCUGGAGGAAGCGCAAGGAAGCUGCAGGCCAGCAGCAGACCUGAUGGACUCCCCGGAGGCAGAUUCCACGAGCCGCUGGCCAGGCAUCCCCGUGAACCGCACCUCGCCAACACCCCCAGAGUCGCUGGCCACUGUGAAAUCCUUGAUCAAGUCAUUUGACUUGGGAUGCCCAGGCAGCAGCGGGCAAAGCAUUCCAGUCCACAAGGUCUCCCGAAGUCCCCUCAGUGGAAUUCCGACGAGAACAGCUCCGGCAGCCGCCGUCUCACCCAUCCAGAGACAUUCCACCUUCAGCAGCCCAAAGCCAGCUGGGAAAACUUUCUCCAAACACGCUGACCUGCCGGAGCUUCCCUUAGCAGACCUGCUGAAAGGAAGAAGCGAGGACCUGAAACCUGACCAUUUUCUCCGCAAGAGCCCCUCUCUGGAGUCCCUGAGCAAACCCCCCUCGAUGACAUUUGCUGGCAGGAUGCUCAACUCUACACCCAGCAGCCUGAAACCCCCAAGCAGGCUCAGCGUGGAGAGAAAGGACCCUCUGGCUGCUCUAGCAAGGGAAUACGGAGGCUCCAAGCGGAACGCCUUGCUGAAGUGGUGUCAGAAGAAAACCGAGGGAUACCCGAAUAUUGACAUCACCAACUUCAGCAGCAGCUGGAGCGACGGCCUGGCCUUCUGCGCUCUCCUCCACACGUACUUGCCUGCUCACAUCCCCUUCCAGGAGCUGAACAGCCAGGACAAGAAAAGAAACCUCCUUUUGGCAUUCCAAGCAGCUGAAAGCGUAGGCAUCAAACCCAGCCUGGAACUCAGCGAGAUCAUGUACACAGACCGCCCCGACUGGCAGAGCGUAAUGCAGUACGUGGCUCAGAUUUACAAGUACUUCGAGACCUGAGGCCCUGGACCCAGCUAGACGGAAGAGCCAGGCUGCCGGAGGAGGAGGAGGAGGAGGAGGAGAUGCCUGAAGAAUGCCACGGAAAGCACUCGAUCACUUUAAGAGAAUCCCACGCCCACCCCAGGCGGCCCAUUUCCCACUCCACAAAGCCCAGCAGACAUUUACUGCGGUUUGGUAAAACCCCAGCCCUGUUCUCCAGUUCCACAGCACGCCGAAGAUCUAGCAGGAGGGUUCUGCUGGGCCUGGGGCAGUCCCCUCCUUGCCCAGCGGUGCCAAAGAGACGCAGCCCAGACGGACUCCCGCAUCUCACCAGCAGCCACAGCUCCCACAGCUGUUUUCCAAGCCUCUGACUCGCAUUCACAGCCCUGCCCCAGAGAGGCCAGCAGCACCCUGAGGGAAGUCUUGUUAACUGGCUCCUCUAGGGACACACCUGUGGCAAGCCCCAAACACCCAGUGUGUGUCGGGGGGAGGGUGUCACUCCAGGCUAUGUGUAGGUUGGUCCCCUGCCACUCUGGAGGGCGAUCCAUAUGGAUCUUGACUUUGUAACUACUCCUUUGCAGGUUCAGCUUGGGGGCGGCUGCUUCUGUCUGUGGGCCUUUGCAAGUCUAAGAUCCACACGUGUUUCCAGCACAGCCUCUCCUGUGGUUCUGCUGGGUCCCCAUCGGCUCAGAGGGGGAGGGAGUACUGUGGUCAGCUCUGUUUCACUAGGAUCUGCAGGGACCCCCUUCUGGAUUGAUUAGAUGUCUGCAGCUAAGCAAGACGGUUGGGAGCUCUUCUGUCUAUGGCAGUUGUGUAGAGGGAAGAACAUUGGCAGUGUUGCUUCUGCCCCUGUAUCACCACGGAGGCUGCUAAAAUUCUGCCUCCUUCAUAGCUCUUUCCGGCAGCUGUUAAGCAGAGAGAUGGUUUUGUCCCACGUUGCAGCUGGCGACCGGCGGCUGCAGUGAUGGGGGUUAAUCGUGGACCAGGCCAGCCCACCCUGCGAUUCCUCUGUCUGGAUGAGUCUGCAGGCAGCGGCUGAUGCUCCCCAUGCUUGCUCAUGAUUCUGCAUAUGCGCCAGUGGGCAUGAGAAAACGUGUUGGCCAAGUCUGGUGGUGCUGAAUAUCAGAGAGGGGUGGGUGCAACGUGGGGGAAGAGGCCGAGGUUUGGAUGGUGGCGCGUGCAGCGGAAUUGUGGCGAGCCUAAUAGGGCCAGUGGCAUUUGGCUUGCCGGUUUUCUGUUCUGCAAAGAUUCCUCUAGAUAGCUGCUCUGCUUGUAGCUGUGCUGGGGUAAUUGUCUUUAGGGAUGCCAAAUCUUUUUCUGGCAGGGCUCCAGGUCUUCAAUGUGCUGAGCAGGGUACAGUGAAAGCUUCAUUCUGCUUGCGGCCAUGCAGCCAUUGUCAAAGCACGUGAGCCCUGCCAGGAACAGAGUUGACAAUCCCAUCCAACCCCAUCAUUUGUUCUCCACCAGCAGCAGGUUAAUAUGUUGGUAAUGCUGGCAGAUUCCCUCUGGUGAGCCCUGGCAGAGCUGGCUGGUUGAAGGCUGACGAAGGAGGAGAUGGCACUGCACUGGCAAUCUCUGUUCUCCCGCUGAGUGAAGUGGCAUUAUCUUGACACUUCUGGGCAGUGUCCCUGCCAUCCCAUGACCAAGCAGGCUUGGGUGGCCUUUCUCUGUGAGUUACAGCGGGGAUCGCUGGAUGGGAGCUGAGGUCUCCAUGGCCAAGUGCACCAGUUUUCCAAGUGGGUCGCUGUGCAACAUUCCUGCAUCCCAAAAGGCUGCCACAGAGCCUCCUGAGGCAGCACGUCACACAACACAGUUCACAGAAAUAUGGUGCUUGUUCUAGCCGAGUAGAACUUUCUGCAUACAGCCCUUCCGUCCUCUCCUCUGAAUGAAUUCUCGGGUUGCCUCCAAAACGUGGGAGGCAAACCGGGCAGGGGUACACUAAGUGGGAGAGGUGACCCUUUGCUGUCCCCUGGAGGAUGGGAAUUCAUCCUUGCUGUAUUGACAGCUCAAAGGCCUUGUCAGUUGUCCGUCCCAAUGUGACGCCAGGCAGCCAGCUGCAGAAGGCGGUGCAUACCAGGGAGGGCAGGUUGCCAGCUCACCUGAAGGUCUUGGCCAUGGAGGACCCCCCCCCCUGCAAUUCCACCCGAUACCUCUGCCAGGAUUGCUUUCAAGUUGGCUUCUUCUCUCUUUCCAUACAAAGCUCUUCAGCCCCUUUCAGCAGCUGGCAUUUGGUGGGGAGAAGUUCUCACAGUAGCUCCUGGGUAGCUGUCUGUCUGUGAGGCUGUUUGGAUGGAGAAGAUGGAUGUUUUGAUGGGAAUCUGUAGACUGCCAAAAAAAUCUUCCAUGUAACAUUCCGGUUUUGUGGAACGGCUGGUCCUCUGGAGAGGAAGGACUUCCAAGCAGAGCAAAGGAACUUUCAAAUGCAAGCGAAGUUCUCAUUAACCAAACAGGUCUAACUUGGGGAGGGACAAGAGAUCUCUUCUGGGAUUCAAGGAAGGGAGAAUUCCUUUCACACCUUGUACGUGGUGGGCCUGAUGUAACUAGCCGUGAGAACUGUAUAUCAGGAUGCAGCAGCCACCCCCUGGCCCACACAGACAUGGGUGAAAGGGUGGCUCAGGGCACUGUACACACUUUGCCACACUCCCUUCAGAUCAGACGGUGCAGAGAUCUGAGGCCUGACAGAUGCUUCUGAGAUGUUUUGCUGGUAAGCUUUUCUCAGCUGUUCAAUGCUGACUCCGUAGGCCUCGCAGCCUCAAAAAGGUGGUUUAGCUGUGUCGUUUUAAGCCCUGUAUGAAAAAGUAGAGAAGAUGUGAGAGAGUUUGAAGUUGAGAGGGCCCGAGUGGGCGGUCUGUUCUUGGAAGACCCAGUGCGCAUUGUUUUGGAAGUGAUGAGAGGGAGGGGAAGUCAGUGAAAGGGCCCUGGAAGGGACUUCAGCGGGAAGAAUCAGAAGGUUUGUGGGAAGUGGACUUGAGCGUGCUACAGUGUGAGUGGCGAGGCAUUCCAGAAGCUGUGAAAGAGGGGCGUGCCUCUUCCCUGAACGUUCCCCUUUGUUAAUAAUCAUUGAGUUGUCCGCUGGAGUCCAGAGAAAUCUUGGAACAUUCUCAGAAAAUAGGCCUCAGCUUCUUACAGAUGUUGGGAGGGGGGGGCAAUUUCACAACUAACUCUUCCCUUUCCUGAGGCUGCACCCAUCUCAGCAGUCCCCUCCGUUCAGUCUCUUUUUCUGACCUCCAGGGAAACCUCUCAUUUUAUACUGUCCUUUUUCUUCCCGGUGUUCAUUCUGUUGGUGCUUUUCCCCACUCUGCCCCCUCCCCCCCCAGCUCUGACGAGUGGGAAAUCGGAGCAGGUUUUUUCUCCUUGAUACGUGAAUUUUCUCUUUUGUGCAGACUGAAAUACCACCGGAUUUCAGCACCACCCUCCCUGUUUCUUCGCUGGACCAGGGUGUGAACCUUAAUUCUCCUCUUAUUUCCCUGCCUUUUCUGUCCCCCACCUAAAAUACGGGCUUAACUCUCACGAGCAUCUCCAGCCCCUCCUGCUCCCUUUCCCGCUGCUUCUGCUAGCUCAAGAGAAAGACUUGCUGUGGGAUGCCCCAUGGACACAAAGCCGGGCGUGACGAUGGCCCAGGACGACCCUGUGGUGUCUCCUGUCCUCCAGGAGGCCUCUCCCAAACUUCCAGCAGGUUGUCAAAGGGAGAGGUCUGGAAGGAGACACCCCGGAAGAAUUGCACACUCACGAAACACCUUUUGGAUGACUGCACAGACUGCCUCUGAAUAGAACAGCUCUGCAAGGUGAUGCGGAAAGCAAAUCUCAUUCCCAGGCUACUCCAUUAAGCUGUCUGAAAGUCCCACACGUGCAUUCAGAAGAAGAGCUCUGGAUCUCGCUACUAGAACUUGCCAUGUCCCGUAUUUGUAGGUAUCACCAGGUGCUAAAGACGUUCCCCAGAUACCACCUGUUGCCACUGGCUGCAUUUCUUUCUGACUUCCUCCACCGCAGCAGCAAGUAAAGGCCAAGUCGAUGGUUGUUGGGGGUUUUCCGGGCUGUCGUCCUCUUCUCUGACAUUGCGGGGAGGCACUAACAUUUUCUUAGUUUUUCCUCCUCUUUUUUAAAACUUGCACAUGUGCCAACAUCUGCCAGGCUUGAUGAUUCAUGUUUCAGUUUGCUUUUUAACUGGACACCGGCUGGAAGGUUUGCCGCCGGUGCAAACUGUCAAGAGCCGGCAUCUCGUCAGAGUGACUCCCAUCUUAAUUUAUACCAAGAGCACAUUAGAAUGCACAUGCGCUACUCGGGCGUUUCUAGAGUUUGGUCAUGUCAUGACAAAGUUUUAUUUAAAAAAGGUUAAUGUCGAAGCACUCGAUGCAGGGUCUGCAUAAUAUUUCUAAUAAAUGCUUUUUAUUUCUC